CUAUUUUGAAACCGUGCGAGGGACCGGAAAAUCGAUGGGAAUUAGAUACUGUGCUUGAUACAACAGAUGUCAUUACUUGUUUGGAUUGGAGUGUCCAUAAUUUAUUAUUGAGUGCAGGAAAAGAAAUUACAGUAUGGAAAUAUGAUAUAGAUUGGCAACAAUUAUGUACAAAGAAACCACCCAGCGAUGUAUUACUUGCUAAAUUCGAGCCAAAAUCAAAUCGAUUUGCAACGAUGAGCAAAUUUGAUCGUAUAGUGACGAUUUGGUAUCAACAUGAGGAAGAUUACGAUUUUACUUUUAUCUCGCACCCAAAACAUGUCACACAUUUUGUCUGGAGAAAUUUGCCUCAAGCCAAAGAGAACGAUUGCACUUUAUUUACCAUGGCUCGUGAUGGUAUUGGUCGUUUUUGGAGUCCACUGGAACAAUCUCAGAUACUUUACAUGUGUGCUGUAAUCGAUUCCAACCAAUCGCUUGUCACAAGUAAUCCCAACGAAGAAGCAAACCAUGAACCCAACCAGGAUUUCUCGCCAAUUCAUUAUAUCGGCUGUGAUGAACUACACAAUGCUGUACAUGCUCAGUUCAAAUCCCAUUCAAAACACGAACGAUUCGAUAUGAGAUUAGAACGAAUUUGUGAACGAGUCAAAGAUACGCCCGAUUUAUUAUUCCGCAUCGAGACAGAUGGUUCCUUGACAUUUUGGGGAGUUCAGUUUUCCUCGACGUAUUCCUAGAGUCUUUGUUGUAUUACGUGUGGAUAAAGCUGUGGAUCCUUUGGACGUUAUUUAUUUUUUAAAUCCGAUACAUAUUCUGCAUGAUUACGCUCAUAUUCAAUCGUCAUCAACCAUCAAACCUAUCGAGCUAUCCCUAGUGACAAGAAAUAACCAUGGGCAAGUGAGAUGUUACAGUCUGAAU